UGUUGAAGGCUCAUUUGGAUUUUCCAGUACUGUCUUCACAAACAUCAAUGAAACAGGUGUGUGUAUAAUUGUGGGUGUCGGUGAAAUCAUCAAUCUUUCAGCUAUGUGCUCAAAUGGUGAUGUUGCGAAUAUGACAGUGAUACCUACUACGGUAGGUAGUUGUUCAGAAAGCGAUUGCUUUGAGGUGCAAUUUGUAAUUGGAUGCAUUCAGUCUAGUACAGAAAGUGCAACAACAGUACCAGACAUACCACUUGGAACAAGAACACCUGAAGAACCUAACUCUGUAACAACAGAUUCAGUGAUCCCAACUGGACCGACAACCGCAACAUCCCCAGGAAUUCAAAAUAAAACAACAAGAACACCUCCUCAUGUACCAAGCACUCUAACAACUAAAUCUAUGUUCUCAACUGAACCAGCAAAAUUGUCUUGUAUUGAUAUCAUAGCUUGUAGUGAUGAUCAAUGCAACCAAUAUAUCUCCCAAGCUAUCAG